UUCAAAAACGAGGUUGGAAACACGUGGGUUCAUUUUCAACAUGGCUGAUGAUAAACAAGAAAUGUCGGAUGAUUCGGGAGAAGAAAUGGAUGUUAUGAGCGAUGAUAGCGAUGAUGAGGACAUAAUGGAAGAACAAACAGAAGAAAGCCAAGUUUAUUUACCUGGCGAAACAUUGAAAGAGGGCGAAAAAUUAGUCUGUGAUGAAUCUGCAUAUGUCAUGUACCACCAAGCACAGACAGGAGCUCCCUGCCUUAGCUUUGACAUUUUACAUGACUCCCUUGGGGACAAGAGGGAAAGCUUCCCGCUGACCUGCUAUACUGUUAGUGGGACCCAGGGAGAGAGAGGACACACUAAUCAUGUUAUUGUCAUGAAAAUGAGCAACCUGCAUCGUACAUCAAAGGAACAAAAACCUGACAAUGAAGAAGAAAAAAGUGAUGAGGAAAGUGAUGAAGAUGAUGACGAUGAUGAUGAAAACAAACCUGAAUUAGAGACAGCAUUAAUCAAACACACGGGGUGUGUCAAUAGAAUAAGGACAACCAAUAUUGGUGACAAGUCCUUAGCAGCAUCCUGGUCGGAGGUGGGCAAGGUGUACAUCUGGGACCUGACGCGCCCUCUCAAGGCUGUCAAUGACUCCAACAUAAUGGCUGUGUACACACGUAAUGAAGAGUCGCCUCCCCCUGUCUUCUCCUUCAGUGGUCACCAGACAGAGGGAUAUGCUUUGGAUUGGUCUCCAACAACUGCUGGACGUUUGGUCACAGGAGACUGUACAAAAAAUAUACACGUGUGGAACCCCAAAGAAGGUGGAGCAUGGCAUGUGGAUCAGCGGCCCUUCAGUGGACACACCUCCUCUGUAGAGGACAUCCAAUGGUCACCCAACGAAGCCAAUGUAUUUGCAUCCUGCUCAGUAGACAAGUCAGUCCGUGUGUGGGAUGCCAGAGCAUCACCUUCAAAUGCUUGUAUGCUGACAGCCAGCGAUGCCCACGAUCGUGAUAUCAAUGUCAUACAUUGGAACAAGAGUGAACCUUACAUCCUAUCGGGAGGUGAUGAUGGAGUUAUUAAAGUGUGGGACCUAAGGUUCUUCCAGAGUGGGAAGUCUGUUGCCGCGUUCAAACACCACACAGCACCGAUAACCUCGCUGGAGUGGAACCCUACUGACAGUUCUGUGUUUGCUGCAUCAGGUUCUGAUGAUCAGAUAACAAUAUGGGAUCUAGGUGUAGAAAAAGACAGUAUAGAGCAGCAAAAGGGUGAUCCGGAUGUACCACCCCAGCUCCUAUUUAUACACCAGGGACAGACUGACAUUAAAGAGCUCCACUGGCACCCCCAGUUACCUGGGGUCAUCAUUAGCACAGCUCACAGUGGAUUCAAUGUGUUCAGGACUAUCAGUGUGUGAUCUUACAUUAAUGUGUUGUUUUGAUUGGGACACCAUAGUACUGGUGAGGUAAAAUAGAGGAUCAUCUUCAACAAUAAAUGUUUACUUUAGUUGGAAUUGAAAUUUAAUGUAAUGGAUUUUUAGAGUACAACAUUGUUAAUGAUUGCAUCAGUUGUGCAAUGAUAUUAUUUAUUUUAUGAACUGAUAUACACCAAAAGUAUACCAGAAUCCUUUUAGAUUGACAUUAUCUUCAAAAUAAACUAAUGUAAAAUGACAGAAUUACUAAUCCUAUUCACUUAAUAAUAUGAGCAGGAUGUAUUAAUCUGUACUCUGGUAGUUUAUAUUAGAGAUCUGUUUUCUCUGACGUAGACAUCAGCAAUAAAUAUCUACAAGGAAUCAUUGUUGUCUAUUGUGGAUCAUGACACUAGUCUAACAAUAAAUACAAUACAAUAAA